ACUCAUACACGCCCACAUGAACACAGAGCUCUCGCUCCUCUUCGAAGAAUUUGAGGUGGAGAUUUUGGGAUAGGCUAUCCCCUGUCCGUUUAAAACUGCUCACCAACACAACGACUUUGGAUGUGCUGACAGAGGGUCCCGCCACAAUUUGGUUAAAGGUACCUUUCUGGAUGAUCUAAAAGCUGUUGCCCUUUGGUCUCUUUGUAUAUGCCCUAAGUGAUUUACCAACAUGACAACCAGCUGGUACCCAAACCAAAAGGCCAGUUGCUGGAACCCUUUCAGAAGCAUCAAGUUUUUUGUAUUCUGUCAGGGCUUUCUGCAACUGGCCCAGCUGAUGGUGUCGGGCUGUCUGAAGAGCUCCAUCUCGACCAUCGAGAGACGCUAUGGGUUCACCAGCCAGAAGCUGGGCCUUCUGGUGGCCUUCAACGAGGUGGGUAACGUGAUGCUCAUCAUGUUUGUGAGCUUCUUCGGAAGCCGAGUUCACCGGCCUCGCCUGAUUGGCGCCGGGGCGCUGCUGGCCAGCGUGUCCUCGCUGAUCAUAGCCCUACCGCACUUCCUGAGUCGGCCCUACCAAUUCGCGGCGCACCCUGGUAUAUCCACCGACAACGUAACCACUGGCCUCUGCCAAUCACGGAGCUCCAUCGCCACCGUGGCGUCCAAUCACAGCUGUGGGAAUAGCGAGGGUCAAACUCCGGAGGGGGUGUUCCCUGUGAUGCUCCUGGGUCAGCUGCUACUGGGGAUCUCCACAGUUCCCAUCCAGCCCUUUGGGAUGUCCUACGUCGACGACUACGCCAGCAGGAGGAACUCCCCGUUCUACAUCGGGAUUCUCCUGGCAGUGACCUCUUUAGGGCCUGCUGCUGGGUUCAUGAUGGGAUCUUUUACACUGCGCUUCUACGUGGACUUUGACAAGACACCCGCAGACCAGAUCCAGAUCGACUCCAAGGAUCUGCGCUGGGUCGGCGCCUGGUGGCUGGGAUUCCUGAUUGCUUCCUGCCUCCUCUUCCUCACCUCUUUGCCCUACCUCUUCUUCCCUCGAACCAUGGCCCAAGAGUCUGUCACUCCCGCAGAGGAGGCUAAAUCAAAGGAGGAGAAACAGCUGGAGGCGGUCCAGACCGCCUCCCUCAAGCAGUUCCUCAAAAGUUUUCCAAGAAUCGCCCUGAGAACCUUGCAGAACCCUGUCUUCAUGCUGAUGUGCCUGGGCCAGGUGUUCUGUGCUGGGGUCAUCGUGGGUGUCGUCACCUUCCUGGCUAAGUUCAUGGAGCGUCAGUUCAACCUGACCGCCUCCUAUGCCACCAUGUUGAUAGGGGUGGUCCACAUGCCCGUCUGCGUGGCGGCCAUCGUCAUCGGAGGGGCGGUAAUGCGCCGGCUGGACCUGUCCCGUUCCGGGGCAGCCAAGUGGUGCUCCCUGGCCAUCGUCUGCACCCUGUUCGUCUCCGUCCCGCUCCUCUUCAUCGGCUGCCCCACCCAGCGUGUGGCCGGGGUCUUCCCCACCAGCAGGGACGGGAACGAGACGGCGUGCAGCGGCGGAUGCGAGUGUCCCCAGGACGCGUUCAACCCCGUGUGCGCUUCUGACGGCACCGAGUUCAGAUCCCCCUGCCACGCCGGCUGUAUCGCCAUGGAGACGGACAGCAGCAGCCACAAAGUCCAGAACUACACCUCUUGUGGCUGCGUGACCGGUGGGGGUGGAGGUGGCGGCGGUGGUGGCGGCGGUGGUGGAGGCGGUGGCGGUGGCGGCGGCGGUGGCGGCGGCGGUGGCGGCGGCGGCGGCGGCGGUGGCGGUGGCGGGGGUGGAGGUGGUGGCUCCGCGGUGCCAGGGACGUGUGGCAGCCGCUGCGCCCACCUCCUGGUGGUCUUCAUGGUGCUGUCGGCUCUCACCUGCUUCAUCGGCCCCACCUGCAAAGCCCCCUGCUUCUCCACCAUCCUCAGGUCUGUGCCUCCAGAGGACAAAUCCUUUGCGGUCGGGGUCUGCUACAUGCUCUUCCGGGUCUUAGCGUUCUUGCCGACGCCAGUCAUUUACGGAAGUGUCAUAGAUAGCAGCUGCAUUCUGUGGGGAAGGAAGUGUGGAAAAAAGACUUCCUGUCAGUACUACGACUUGGACUCCUUCAGACAUAGGUUCUUCAGCCUGCUCACGAUGUUCCUGUGCCUGGCGCUCUUCUGCUUCUUGAUGACCAUUCUGGUGCUCCGGAAGCAGGCAGGAAGUCUGGACAAGAAGCAAGGAAGUGAAAGAGAAUACAAGCUUGUGAGCUGCAGUGAUGGAGCGCGCAACGGCAAGGCCGGGCUGGACGUAGUGGAGGGGGGAGGGGGGCAGAGGAGCUGAGCUGACGGAUGGUGUGUGUGUGUGUGUGUGUGUGUGUGUGUGUGUGUGUGUGUGUGUGUGUGUGUGUGUGUGUGUGUGUGUGUGUGUGUGUGUGUGUGUCAAUGUGAGUGAGUGUCAAUGUGAGUGAGUGUCAAUGUGAGUGAGUUUGUGUGUCUGUCUGUGUGUGUGAGUGAGGGAGUGAGUGUGUGUUGUAUUUUUUUAAAAGCUUCAAAGAAGCCUGUUUAAUGUCCUGAAUACAUCGGUGACUGUGAUGUUGUGGCCUUUGUUCAAUGUCGAGUAAAGACUUGGAUGGCCUUUGUUGAGUUUUAGUAUUGCAAUCUCUUCCAACUGAAGUAAUGGAGGCCAUUUAUACAGUAUAUCAUUGGAAAUCAUUGGCAACAGCAGCAUAGCAACAGUUUUUCAAGGUUAGCAGCAAAUUCCGGUAUUGUCCACUCUUUAUCUUCUGUGACCUCAACAUUCUGCUAGAAUUCUCUGUCCAUUCUCAGACCAUUCACUGAAAGUAGUAUCAGUUUGAGACUUUGAAUCUCAAACUACUACAUGUUAGUGGAUCAGCUAUUCAAUUAUACAUUAUAGCAUAUCAUGCUAAUAUUGCGAUUAAGGUUGCGGUUAACUGGUAGUGGCGUCUUCUGCAUUUGAGAGUUCUUGGGAAUCUACAAUAAAAGAGUGUUUCUCAUUCCGACCUCUUCAAAAUACAUGGUUCUUUCCAUGGGUGUGACCCAUAACCUUAUGCAUGUUUAAACCAAUGGUUUACAUCUGGUAAACAGUUCAUUUCCACCAAAUUUGUCUAUUAGUUGUUAUAGAAAAACAUUCAUUCCGUAUUACAAAAAUAAAUCAUUGCUUCCA